AUGUCAUCUUAUAAAGAGGAGCAUCAUUACUUUGAUGAUACAACAAACAACUGUAAUGAUAAUGUACAUAAUAUACCCAAUCUUCAUCCUUCUCGGCGAGGUUCUUUAGUAGCAGCAGCAGAAGAUUGUCAAGACUACCACGGUUACAACUAUAACGAUGAAGAGCCAAUCCUUGCCUCAUCUUUUAAAAACAAAAUUGAGACCUUUGUUGGAUCUUAUUCUAGAACGUCUAUGAUGCAUAUGGCUGAAAAUGUAGUAGUCAGUUCGAAUGCAUCAGAUAAUUUUCAUCAUACUGCAUUGCUGGACGAAGAAGAAAAUAGCUUAUCUUAUACUAAAAAUUAUACCAGUAGUAUCAGGUACAGUCUACCAACAUCCACUCUUAGCAUCCACAGUAGAAGAAAUUCUGAAGGAACACUUCAUGAUGAGAGGACGCCCUUACUAUUCCCUACCACUGCAUCCCUACAUAAAGUGAACACAAAUACCAGCGUCUAUACCAUUGCUGAUAGCUAUAUAGCUGGUACAAGUCAACAAGAUCAUCAUUUUCAUGGCUCUGUUCAAAAAUCCUCCUUCAUUCAGAGUAUAUUCAACUCCAUCAAUAUUCUGGUCGGUGUUGGUGUAUUAGCAUUGCCGCUUGGUUUCAAGUGUGCCGGUUGGCUUAUUGGUUUUUUGAUUUUUGCUUUCUGUUUUGGUCUCACAAAUUACACAGCAAAGUUAUUGGCAAAAUGUCUUGAUUUGGAUCCCAAUUCAAGAACUUAUGGAGACAUGGGCGCCAGUGCGUUUGGUGUUAAAGGUAGAAUCUUCAUAUCAAUACUGUUCUUAACAGAAUUAACUACAGCCAGCGUCGCGCUAGUCGUUCUUUUAAGUGACGGUAUUGACAGCUUAUUCCCGGGCCACAAUCCUUUUCUUAACCGUGUCAUUUCCUACAUCAUCUUGACACCUACUUUAUUCAUCCCUGUGCGCCAUUUAUCCUUUACUAGUUUGUUGGGCAUCUUAAGUGCUCUCAGUUUAUUAGUGGUGAUAUUGUAUGAUGGGUUCUCCAAACCACAUGCUCCAGGAAGCUUACAUGAAUUGGCCGAGGUACGCUUAUUCCCCGAGGAUUGGAUGACAGUACCAAUGAGCUUUGGUCUGAUUAUGGCGGGCUUUGCAGGACAUGCUGUCUUUCCUACCAUUUACCGCGAUAUGGCAGAACCUCGAAAAUAUAAGAAGAUGGUCAACUAUACUUACGUCGCCACUGCUAUUAUUUAUAUGGCCGUAGCAGCAGCAGGUUAUGCCAUGUUUGGUUCCGAAACUAUGCAAGAGAUUACCCAAAAUAUCGUAUCCUUACCAGGCUAUAAUCAAACUCUGAACAGACUUGCCGUUUGGCUUAUUGCUUUGAACCCCAUUGCAAAAUACGGUCUUACUCUGAACCCUGUCAUACUUAGUUGGCAAAUUGGAUUGUUCGGCACGAAUAACGGUAAUACUGCUCAGUCCAAAUUAGAGGGUUGGUUCCAUGAAUCAAGCUGGAGAAUACCUUUAGUCAAGACGAUAGGUGUUUCGUUAACUUCAGCUAUGAUCGUCCUUUUGGCUGGUAUGUUGCCUAAUUUCGACCAAGUCAUGUCUUUAUUAGGCGCGCUCUUUUCUUUCUUGAUCUCUGGCAUUUUCCCUAUUUGCUGUUAUUUGAAAUUAUUUAGAAGCUCUCUAUCUUCUUUCCAAAAAAUGCUGAAUUAUAGUUUACUGGGUGUGGCAGCUUGUAUGGCAACCAUAGGUACAGUUAGGAGCUUUAUAUAA